GCAGCCGAUGGCUACUUCUUCCGCUGUUCCAGAAAACCUCGCUAUUUUUUUUUUCCUCCCUUCCUCCCCUCCCCUCCUUCAUGAACAUACGAUCUCUUCGGCCACGGGCGCAAUUUGAUUACCAUCGCCGCUGAACGCCGCCCACAUCUCUGUUUCCUGGCCUCAAUUGAAUUCAAACAUCAUCUCGACCUCACUGUAGCCAUGCUGGCCUCCCGACAGCUCUUGGGCGCCGCGGCCCGGAGCCGCUCUGUCGCGGCCGGCACCAUGGCAGUGCGCCGGAUGGCCACAGUCGCUGAUUCUGCUCUUGACCGCAAGGUCAAACAAAACAACUGGGAAGAGGGCAACUUCAUCAACUACAAGAAGAUGUCUCAGAACCUUGCUGUUGUACGCAGCCGUCUUAACAGGCCCCUAACCUAUGCGGAGAAAAUUCUCUACUCCCACCUCGACAAUCCUCACGAGCAGGAAAUUGAGCGGGGUGUUUCUUACCUCAAGCUGCGCCCGGAUCGCGUAGCUUGCCAGGAUGCUACCGCGCAAAUGGCCAUUCUUCAGUUCAUGUCCGCUGGCAUGCCUUCCGUCGCCAAUCCAACCACCGUUCACUGCGAUCACUUGAUCGAGGCCCAGGUUGGUGGUGCCAAGGAUCUUGAGCGUGCCAUCAACAUCAACAAAGAAGUCUACGAUUUCCUGUCCACCGCCUGCUCCAAGUACAACAUUGGUUUCUGGAAGCCCGGCUCUGGCAUCAUUCACCAGAUCUUGCUUGAGAACUAUGCAUUCCCCGGUGGUCUCCUCAUUGGCACUGACUCCCACACUCCCAAUGGUGGUGGCCUCGGCAUGUGCGCCAUCGGUGUUGGCGGUGCCGACGCCGUCGAUGUCAUGGCCAAUCUGCCUUGGGAGCUGAAGGCUCCUAAGGUCAUUGGCGUCAAGCUCACUGGCGAGAUGUCUGGCUGGACUUCGCCUAAGGACAUCAUCCUGAAGGUCGCCGGUAUCCUCACUGUCAAGGGUGGCACUGGCGCUAUCGUCGAGUACCACGGCCCCGGUGUCAACGGCAUCUCUGCCACUGGCAUGGGUACCAUCUGCAACAUGGGUGCUGAGAUUGGUGCUACCACUUCGGUCUUCCCCUUCAAUGACCGGAUGUACGACUAUCUCGCUGCCACCAAGAGAAAGGACAUCGGUGACUUCGCCCGCGUCUAUGCCAAGGAACUCCGCGAGGACGAGGGUGCCGAGUAUGACCAGUUCAUCGAGAUCAACCUGUCAGAGCUAGAGCCCCACAUCAAUGGCCCGUUCACUCCUGAUCUGGCUACUCCUAUCUCCAAGUUCAAGGAGGUGGCCAAGGAGAACGGCUGGCCUGAGGAGAUCAAGGUUGGCCUGAUUGGCUCUUGCACUAACUCUUCCUAUGAGGACAUGUCCCGCGCUGCAUCGAUCGCUCGCGACGCCCUCAACCACGGCAUCAAGUCCAAGGCCGCUUUCACUGUCACUCCUGGCUCGGAGCAGAUCCGCGCUACCAUCGAGCGGGACGGUCAGCUCCAGACGUUCGAGGAGUUCGGCGGCAUUGUCCUCGCUAAUGCCUGCGGUCCCUGCAUUGGUCAGUGGGACCGCAAGGACGUGAAGAAGGGCGAGGCCAACACCAUCAUUUCUUCGUACAACCGUAACUUCACGGGCCGAAACGACGGCAACCCUGCUACCCACUCCUUCGUCACCUCCCCCGAUCUCGUCACCGCCAUGUCCAUCACCGGCUCCCUCUACUUCAACCCUCUCACCGAUACCCUGAAGGACAAGGAUGGCAAGGAGUUCAAGCUGGCUGCCCCGUCGGGUGAUGGCCUCCCCUCCAGGGGAUACGACCCCGGCCAGGAUACCUACCAGCCCCCUCCCAAGGACCGCGCGUCGGUUAACGUCCAGGUGUCUCCCACAUCUGACCGGCUACAAGUGCUGCAGCCCUUCCAGCCCUGGGACGGCAAGGACGCGAAGGAUAUGCCCAUCCUGAUCAAGGCAAAGGGCAAGACCACCACCGAUCACAUCUCCAUGGCCGGCCCGUGGCUCAAGUACCGUGGUCAUCUCGACAACAUCUCGAACAACAUGCUCAUCGGCGCCAUCAACGAGGCCAACGACGAGGCGAACAAGGUCCAGAACUUCACUAAUGGCGAGUGGGACGCCGUGCCUGCCGUCGCGCGUGACUACAAGUCGAAGGGUAUCAAGUGGGUCGUUAUUGGCGACUGGAACUACGGCGAGGGUAGCUCGCGUGAGCAUGCCGCCCUGGAGCCUAGGCACCUUGGUGGUCUCGCUAUCAUCACAAGGAGCUUUGCCCGUAUUCACGAGACGAACCUGAAGAAGCAGGGCAUGCUUCCCCUGACGUUCGCUGACCCCGCCGACUACGACAAGGUUAAGCCUGAGGACAAGGUCGAUAUCCUUUGCACCCAGCUCGAGGUCGGCAAGCCUGUUACCAUGGUUGUCCACCCCAAGGAUGGCUCCUCAUUUGAGGUCAAGCUGCUGCACACCUUCAACGAGCCCCAGCUUGAAUGGUUCAAGAAUGGCAGUGCACUGAACACCAUGGCCAAGGCGGCAAAGUCCUCGUAGAUGUUUUAGACGAAGGUGUGAUUCGCGGAGACGGGCUAUUACAGCUUUGGCCGCGGUUCUUCAAGCCGCUUAGCAUGUCUCUGGCUCUGGUGAUAUUGCCAGAUAAAUGCGCCGAGGCAGUGGUUUGAGGUACGGUAACGCGUGAAGUGAGACCAACUCCGAAAACUCGUUUGGUCUGGUUAGAAUGUUGGAAUCAAGAUACCGUUGGCAAUAAUUUUGGAAAGCGGGUGCGGGACAUUUUUUUGUUGUCAUCCCUAGCCUGUUUUGUAUGUACAAACGAGCAUUUCAAAUUAUCAUUUCUUCUGUUCCAGAAA